UAUAUAUGAACGUAAGAGGGAGAUUUAAUUCAUUUUCGUGAUGCACAGUGCGGUAAUGUACAUUAUGAAAUACAGCUUAAUCCUUUAUUUUUAGUUAAAAUUGAGUAUAAUUUUGAUGAGCAUAACUACAAAUCCAUUAAAUUAAUAAGUUUCUAGUAAUAUGGAAUUCUGUGAGUGUACGAUUGCGUUACUUGGCCUGGCUCUCUUAUUGUGUUGGUAUCUGUUGAAAAGACCGAAGAAUUUUCCGCCAGGUCCUCAUGGGUUACCAUUGGUUGGUUACACUCCAUUUAUGGGCGACAACCCUGCUGAAUUAUUUCGAAAAAUGAAAAGUAAAUAUGGAUCCGUCAUGUCAGUACAAAUGGGUCGCGACGACUGGGUAGUUUUGAACGACUAUGACACUAUCAUGGAGGCUCUCGUGAAACAAAGCGAAAAGUUUUCUGGCCGUCCUAAGCUUUUCAUGCUAGAAUUAGUAACAGGGGGCCGUGGAUUGGCCAUGGUUGAUUAUGGUCCUACAUGGAAAACUCUUCGAAAGUUUGGUCUGAUGACUUUGAGAGGGUUUGGCGUUGGCAAAAAGGGGAUGGAGGAAAAUGUUAUUGAAGAAACUCGAUCUCUAACCGAAGAUUUGACAACACAGAGCAAGCGUAGUUUGAGUAUGAAAUUCACUCAAGCAGUGUCGAACAUUAUUUGCCGAGUUGCGUUUGGCUCGAGAUUUGAAUAUGACGACAUAGAAUUUCUACAGCUACUUGGAAUAUUACGAAAAUACCUUGGAGAUACGACAGCAGCUAAGAUGGAUGCAUUAAUGACUAUGGCUCCUAUUCUGAGAUUUUUACCCCCAUUUAGCAGCCACUUCAAGGAGGGAUUGAAGGAUGUAGAGUUUUUCAUGGGUAUAAUAGGCAGAAUCAUUGAAGAGCAUAAAGAACAGUUUGACGAAAAUGAUAUCAGAGACUUCAUUGAUGCUUUCCUCAAAGAAAUGAAGACAAGAGAUAAAAAUGACGCCAGUUUCAACAAACUUCAACUGAUUCAAUACAUCAGAGAUUUAUUCGAAGCUGGAACGGGAACAACUAGCACUACAUUAUGUUGGGCAAUUCUGUGCCUUGCGCAUUACCCAAAAUGUCAAGAAAAAAUUGCCGACGAAGUUGAAAAAACUUUAGGUUAGGACGGAGUACCUACUAUGAAGCAUCGAGAUGAAAUGCCUUACACAUGUGCUUUCAUACAAGAACUAAUGAGACACAGAACUUUGGUGCCAUUUAGUGUAUUCCAUAAAACGAACGAAGAAGCGACUCUCAAUGGAUAUACUAUCCCAAAAAAUACCACGAUCAGUCCAAACCUUUGGGCGGUUCAUUUUGAUUCCAAAUAUUUUGACAACCCAGAAGAAUUUUGUCCAGUGAGAUUUAUCGACGACGACGGAAAAUUUAUCAAAUCCAAUCACGUGAUCCCAUUCUCCGUUGGUCCCCGUCACUGUGUUGGAGAACAACUUGCAAGAAUGGAAAUUUUCAUAUUCUUGGUCGGCAUAAUUCAGCAGUUGCGGAUUGUACCGGACCCGAAGAAGCCACUCCCAGCCUUUGAUGUCGGUGCUUUCAACAGCCUUACGUAUGAGCCUUUCGAUUUUGAAGUGAUUUUUCAAAAACGUUUUUCUAGAAAUAUGGAAUUCUGUGAGGGUACGAUUGCGGUACUUGGCCUGACCCUUUUAUUAUGUUGGUAUCUGUUGAAAAGACCGAAGAAUUUUCCACCAGGUCCUCAUGGGUUACCAUUGGUUGGUUACACUCCAUUUAUGGGCGACAACGCUGCUGAAUUAUUUCGAAAAAUGAAAAGUAAAUACGGAUCCGUCAUGUCAGUGCAAAUAGGACGCGACGACUGGAUAGUUUUGAACGACUAUGACACUAUCAUGCAGGCUCUUGUGAAACAAAGUGAAAAGUUUUCUGGCCGUCCCAAGCUUUUCAUGCUAGAAUUAUUAACAGGCGGCCGCGGAUUGGCAAUGGUUGAUUAUGGUCCUACAUGGAAAACUCUUCGAAAAUUUGGUCUGAUGACUCUAAGAGGGUUUGGCGUUGGCAAAAAGGGGAUGGAGGCAAGUGUUAUUGAAGAAACUCGAUCUCUAACCGAAGAUUUGGCAACACAAAGCGAACGUAGUCUGAGUAUGAAGUUUACUCAAGCAGUGUCGAACAUUAUUUGUCGAGUUGCAUUUGGUUCAAGAUUUGGAUACGACGACAAAGACUUUCUUCAGUUAAUUGGAAUAGUACGAAAAUAUCUUGGGGAUACGACGGCUGGAAAAAUGGAUGGGUUGAUGACUAUGGCUCCCAUUUUGAGAUUUUUUCCACCAUUUAGCAGCUACUUCAAAGAGGAAUUGGAAGAUAUUGAAGUUUUCAUGGGUAUCAUAGCCAGAAUCAUCGAAGAGCAUAAAGAACAAUUUGACGAAAAUGAUAUCCGAGACUUCAUUGAUGCUUUCCUCAAAGAAAUGAAGACACGGGAUAAAAAUGAUGCCUGUUUCAACAAACUUCAACUCAUUCAAUACAUCAGAGAUUUAUUUGAAGCUGGAACAGGAACAACAAGCAGCACUUUAUGUUGGGCGAUUCUUUGCUUUGCACAUUAUCCAGAAUGUCAAAAAAAAGUUGCCGACGAAAUUGAAAAAACUUUAGGUUCGGACGGGGUACCCACUAUGAAGCAUCGAGAUGAAAUGCCUUACACUUGUGCUUUCAUACAAGAACUAAUGAGACAUAGAACUUUGGCGCCAUUAAGUGUAUUCCAUAAAACGAACGAAGAAGCGACUCUCAAUGGAUAUACUAUCCCAAAAAAUACCACGAUCAGUCCAAAUAUUUGGGCAGUUCAUUUCGAUUCCAAAUAUUUUGAAAACCCAAAAGAAUUUCGACCUGAGAGAUUUAUCGACGACGACGGAAAAUUUAUGAAAUCAAAUCACGUGAUCCCAUUCUCCGUCGGUCCUCGUCACUGUGUUGGAGAACAACUUGCAAGAAUGGAAAUUUUCAUAUUCUUGGUCGGCAUAAUUCAGCAAUUGCGGAUUGUACCGGACCCAAAGAAGCCUCUUCCAGCCUUCGAUGUCGGUGCUUUCAAUGGUGUUACGUACGAACCUCCCGAAUUUGAAGUAAUUUUUCAAAAACGCUGAAGAAGACAUGUAAAAGUGAUAAUAUAAACCCUAAGAAAAACUGUUCGUAAUGAUAUUAAAUUUUAUCUAUGAAGGAUUUAAAAUAUUUGCUUUGUCCCAAAUAUAAUUUUGUUUCAAUUUUGUAAUUUUCUCCAAUCUUCAAACUCCACUUCAAGAUAUUUAUGACUUUGAUAAUGUAGCAAUAAAUAU